GCGUACGGACGUUAUUUAUUGCAAUUGGAACCUCGUCGAGGUAAUUAUCGAGAGGUGAAUUCCUCCCACUAUGGACGGAACGGGCAAAGUAGGGAAAAGCUUCUUUUAGAAGUUUGUCAUCCCGCGUAAUUUCUACGUAAUAAGUGCAACAACGGAGUUUGACACCGUGACACGGAAGGAAAUCGUUAUCUCCUGCUUAUCAUCCAGUAAUUACAUAAACAGACGUCACACGGCACACACAAGAGGCUCGAGGCGAUUUUUUUAUUUUUAUUUUUCCCGAAAAUGCCGCUUGACUUCACCGCAUUUGCGUACGCCACUAUGGUGGCUGCCGGCGGGGUGACAGGUUACGUGAGAUCGAAUUCCGUGAUUUCACUGGCCGCAGGUCUUAUUUUUGGCUCGGCUCUGGGUGUUGGUGCUUACCAGGUCUCCCAGGAUCCGACCAACAUUGGGGUCUUCCUGGGGACCAGUGUAGUCCUUGGAGGCAUGAUGGGUUAUCGAUUUUAUAACAGUGGGAAGAUAAUGCCACCCGGAUUAAUCGCUCUCGUAAGCACUCUUAUGGUAAUAAGGACAAUCGCAAGAUAUUCUUCACAUUCUUCCUUGAAGACUACAUAAACUGUAAAAUAUUUUGUUCUUCAAUUAAUGUAACCACUGAGCGUGAAUUCGACCAAAGCGUUAAUCCCAGAGUACGCUACAGAUAUCGCAUUUAUUUAUUAAUAUUUCCGGUGCAAGGGGAGAUGGAACAGUGUUGUAAUUAAAGAAUUUAUAGGAAUUGUAUGUAAAAAAAUAUAUCUUUUUUUGUCUUGCUGGUA